AUGGAAAUAUCCCCCCCGCCCAUCACGAAAGUCGCCUCAACACCUUCGGUUGGUGUCAUCAGUCUCUCUGGCGAGGCAUUCGUCCAGUCUCCCAUCGAUCCUAAUUCAGCUGAUCCUGCUUCCUCAAGAAACUUGGGGGGCAAUAAACAGGCCAUAUUUUCUGAACAUCCGGUAUCUGGGCGGCCUCUAGUUCAUGUUCCCCCAAAGGCUAGCCAAACGGGUAACAUCAGAGCCAUUAGAAAAAAUGAUCGAGAGGCUUCCGAAUCAUUUUUGUCAGUUAGCUUGAGUUCAUCUUCCCUAUCUCAGGUAAGUCUUCCUAAUUUACUUAUCUGGCUUAUAUAA